GGCCAGCAGAGCUGGAGACAGAGCUGAGGCCCAAUUUGGGAUUUGACAAGAUGGCUGGGCUGCCUCGCAGGAUCAUUAAGGAAACCCAGCGCUUGCUGGCAGAACCAGUUCCUGGCAUUAAAGCAGAACCAGAUGAGAGCAACGCCCGUUAUUUUCAUGUGGUUAUUGCUGGCCCUCAGGAUUCCCCCUUUGAGGGAGGGACUUUUAAACUUGAACUAUUCCUUCCAGAAGAAUACCCAAUGGCAGCACGUAAAGUACAUUUCAUGACCAAAAUUUAUCAUCCUAAUGUAGACAAGUUGGGAAGAAUAUGUUUAGAUAUUUUGAAAGGUAAGUGGUCCCCAGCACUGCAGAUCCGCACAGUUCUGCUAUCCAUCCAGGCUUGGUUAAGUGCUCCUAAUCCAGAUGAUCCAUUAGCAAAUGAUGUAGUGGAGCAGUGGAAGACCAACGAAACCCAAGCCAUAGACACAGCUAGAGCAUGGACUAGGCUAUAUGCCAUGAAUAAUAUUUAAGUCGAUCCGAUCAUCAAAUGUGCAUCACUUCUCCUGUUCUGCCAAGACUUCUUCCUUUUUUGUUUGCAUUUAAUGGACACAGUCUUAGAACCAUUACAGAAUAAAAGCCAGACAUCUUCAGUACUUUGGUGAUUAAAUGCACAUGCACAUUAGCAAAUUUAUGUCUUGUCCUGAUUCACUGUUGUAAAGCAUGAGCAGAGGCUAGAAGUAUCAUCUGGAUUGUUGUGAAACGUAUAAAAGCAGUGGUUCUCUGCUUUUAUUCAUUUCCCUCAUCAUGGUUUAAGUAUAAAGCACUGUGAAUGAAGGUAGUUUUCAGGGUUAGCUGCAGGGGUUUGGGUGUUUUUCUUUCUUUCUUUCUUUUUUUUUUAGGGGGAAAGUAGUUUUAAUUUUAUGGAAUCCUUUCCCCCCCUUUAUGGGAAUCUAAUUGUAUUGGUUAAAAGCAGCUAACCAGUUCUUUAGAGUACACUCUCUAGCCAAGUCUAACUUUAGACACCAUAGAUGGACAAGCUCGAUUAUUUGAACCCAACAUGGGAAUAUUAAACAAACAUCACAGCCCUCACUAAUGUCAUUGUGACUUUGCUGUCAAGUGUAGAUUUUCUCCCUUCAGAAAAAGCUUGUGACCAUUUUGUAUGGCUUGUCUGGAAACUUCUGUAAAUCUUAUGUUUUAGUAAAAUAUUUUUUGUUAUUCUAAAAAAAAA